AUGGGAGUUGAAAUUCAAACAAUUAAAGAAGGUGAUGGAAAGGGGUCCACUGUUGUGAUUGAAUAUGUUGGAAAAUUGACUAACGGUAAAAUAUUCGAUCAAAAUAAGAAUUUUGAAUGCAAAAUAGGUGUUGGUCAAUUAAUCGCAGGAAUUCCUCGAUUAAGAGUUGGAGAAAAGGCUAUAUUGACAAUCUCUCCUGAUUAUGGAUACAAGGAAGCCGGUGUUCCUGGACGUGAAGUACCAUCGGCGAAUAUUGGAUGCUUUCCUUCAAAAUUACAUUACUUAUUCAUAUUAAAAGAAAGACAUGAAUAUUUCAUAUCGAUAUCUGUACUCUUAUUCAACAAAGAAGUAGAGGGCUAA